UAAUGUUAAUGAAUGGAACCUUUUUGUAAAGUGUUACCUGUGCUUUCAAUUCACAGUCAAAUGUACUGUAUCUUUUUGCCGUUUUUCUGCCCUCUUUUGCCUCCAUUCAAACCUGUAUUUUACAUAUUGGAAUCCUGGUCUUGGUGCUGUUGGUAGAGGUUUUUGUUCCCAACCUGGAUACUAAAUUUGGACAAGUCUCUCCUACUAAACUUGUCAACACAGUCUGUAAGCCUUAACGCAUUAUUCCCAUAAAAAAUGUAGCCAUAUUUAAAAAUUGUGGCCCUAAUUAUUGCACAUUAUUAUCUAUUUAAAUAGCAUUGUAUGUGGAAUGGCUGUAUAUACAACACAGUAUGAUUGCACUUGCAGGUAGUUAUCCUAUAUUAUACUGCCUCUCUGUGGAUGGAAUGGUUACUGUGGCAUAUGUUACUGUUAUCCUCUUGCUGAAAUAGAAAUCAUUUAACAAUGCCCCAUCAUAUAUUUAAACUUUUUCAUCAUCUAGAAACAUUGUACAGCUGAGUGUUUGCAACCCAUGAACAAUGCAUCAGAAGAAGCAGCAGUCCAAACUUUCUGUGGCCCCUUUCCUCCCCUCUGAUCUCUUCUAAUUAUCUCUCUUUCUGCUUUUCAGGGUUUGAUGGAGAUCUGGUCGGAUGACAGCUGGAACUGUUGUCAUAACUGGAGGAAUUCUCGCAACAGUAAUACUCCUGUGUAUCAUUACAGUGCUUUGUUACUGUAGACUCCAGUAUUAUUGUUGUAAGAGGAAUGAGUCCGAAGGGGAGGCGGGCUCAGUCGAUGAUCCUCAGCCACAGUUUGCCUGCAACGCAUGCAGCGCACCAGGGGUGGACGGGGCAGCCGUCACCCCUCUCUCGCUGCCCUACGACCCCGCUCCGUCACACAACUACUGCCCCACCUGCACGCCCCACUACCUCCGUGGCAUGGAUGAGAUGCGUAAUGGUGGUGAACGCCUGUCCUACAUGCCAACUCACUACGAGAACCAUGGUGCCACUGCCCUUGGUCUGGCCGCCAUGUACGGCCCUGUGCUGAGCCGUCGCAGCACACCAGACUUUUACACCAACACUCGAGCCAUUAGCACUGACGUCUGACCCUCACAGACUCGCUGACAGACCCUGGGACAGAGCUCCCUGUAUGGACCAGGCCUUAGCAGGCCAUCUUUAGAGCACCUGGGACCGUGCCUAGAUCUCCACAGAGCCAAGAGUCAAAAGACUUAUUGGAUGAUAUGUUAUGCAUAUACAUAGAUCUGAUCUACACAGGACAUCUUCAGUCUUCCAUUUUCUUUUGCUGUUUUCCUUUUCCUCUUACACACCCCUCCCGCUCUCUUUUGUGGUGUUUUCAAGUAAGAACAGUGAGGGCUAUGUAUUAUACUGUAUCAAGUGUUUGUGGUUUUUAUUUACCAAGUUUUGAAGGUAAAAAUGCAAAUAGCAUAUUAUAUGCUUACCCAUUGUUUUUUUUUUUUUUUGGAUAAAGCAUAAAUUUAGUACAUUUAGAAAAACAGAGCUGGAACAAUCCUCAACACAAGUAUUUCUGGUAAACACUCCUCACUGUUGUUUCCUUUAAAGAAUGCCUUUUAAUGGCUUUUAUGCUUCUAUGUGAGAGUGUAGAUUGGAGUAUUGAAAUUUGCUCAGUUACAUGAAUAUAACAGGAAAAUAUCCCGUAUGAUAUGCCAAAUCUUUUUUAUUUGAAACAUUUAACUGAGGAUAGGAAAUAAACCAAAAAAACUUGUUAAUAAGUUUGGAAUAUGCUAAAUGAAUGAUUACUGAUUGGUCCCUUUGUUGUUUCACAUUGGUCUAUUCAUAUUUAAAUAUAUGUGUCACAAUAACAUAAAUUCACAAUGGCACAGAUAUAUAUUUUAAAAUUUGUUGUAUUGUCAAAUAAGAAUCAGGAUUGAAUAAUAUAUUGUCUAUUCUCACUUUUCACUUUGUUGUCCAUUCACACCACACUACAUAUUACAAUAAAGGGCUUUUUAAGCAAUAUAAUUGUAAUAUGUAUCUGUAACAGUGUCAUAAUUUACAGUACAAACCCAACACAACAGUCUGAAAAUCAUUUUGAAGCAAUGUGAAUUAUCAAAUUACUGGAAUAAAAUGACUGGGAUUUCUUUUCUUUUUUUUUUUUUUUUAAAUAUGCCCUAUUUAUGUAAUAUUAUGGUAAUCAUGACAAAAUGAUACUUAUAGGAACAUUCCAUUUCCUUGUCUUUGCACAUGUGUUUAUUUUAUGUCUUGUUUGAAUAACCAUUGAUUUACGAAUUUAACAUUUAUUCUUUGUGUCUUAUGUCUGGAUCCAUGCUGUCUGAAGCACUGUUGUUA